UCGAAAUUCAUAUCUGGAGUUAUUCAAUGGACAGUUAUUUCAUCAGGUUUUUGUUUGCAAUAUCAGUGUGGUUUUUGCUUUUCCAAGUAUCCAUUCUUGGAUUCAUCUCUCAAUCACAGAACUCACACGUGACAUGCAUUGCGAGGGAAAGACGAGCACUUCUGAACUUCAAACAAAGCCUCCCAGAUGACUAUGGCAUACUGUCUACAUGGAGGAAUGAUGAGAAUAAUGGAGAUUGCUGCAAAUGGAGAGGCGUAGAAUGCGACAAUGAAACAGGUCAUGUACUCAUGCUUCAGUUGCAAGAUUUGAGCGGUUUCUUUAACCUCACUUCACUGAUUGAAUUGCAAAACAUUCAACAUUUGGAUGUAACCUUCUGUGAUUUCAGUGAUAGUCAGAUACCUGAAAACAUGGGCUCCUUCAAAAACAUGAGAUAUCUCAAUCUAUCAUGGUCGACUUUUGCUGCUAGUAUUCCUUAUUCUCUGGGAAAUCUCUCAAAGUUGGAGUAUCUUGAUCUAAGAAGCAUUUAUAGUAUUCGUGGAGAAAUCCCCUCUCAACUGGGGAAACUAACGAGUUUACGAUACCUAGAUCUAAGUUAUAAUUUUCUAAAUGGAGGAAUUCCUUAUCAACUUAAAAACCUCACCCAAUUAAGGCAUCUUAAUCUUUGGGAGAUUUCACUUUCUGGAGCAAUACCGUUCCGGGUUGGGAAUCUUCCUUUCUUGCAAACUCUUGGACUUGGAGGUGAGUUUGGUCUAUCAAUUAAGGAUGCAAAAUGGCUAUCUUCUCUCUCUUCAUUAGAUACUCUUCGACUGAGUUCAUUGCCUCUUGACUCCUCUCAUCACUGGCUAAAAUCGAUUCGAGAGCUUGUUCCUAACUUAAGAGAGUUGAGGUUAGUUGCUUGUAGUCUUUCAGAUCAUAAUAUUUCAUCUUUGUUUCAUUUUUAUUCCAACCUUUCUACUUCUCUUUCCUUCCUCGAUCUCUCUGGAAAUAUGCUGACACCAUCAACAUUUUCAUUGUUACUGAACCUUCAUUCUCUUAUGAUCCUUGAUCUCUCCGAAAACAAUAUGACAUCAUGGAUAUUUCAAGGAAAUUUAAACUUCAGCUCUAAACUCCGAGAACUUUAUCUAUCAAAUUGCGGCCUUCCUGAUAAAAGUUUUCUUGUGCCAUCCGCUUCAACAAGUAAUUCUUUAUCUUCUCUUGUCACUCUUGAUCUCUCCAAUAACCUAUUGAAAUCAUCGACUAUAUUUCACUGGGUUUUUAACUUUACCCCCAAUCUUCAUAGCCUUAACCUUCAUGACAACUCAUUAGAAGGUCUUUUUCCAAAUAGAUUUGGAAAUGUAAUGAACUCUCUUGAAGUUCUUACCCUAAGCUCCAACAACCUGCAGGGUGACAUAUCUUCUCUAGGGUAUAUAUGUACAUUGCAUGAUUUAUACCUUAGUAGAAACAACUUUAGUGGGAAAUUUUCCAGUUUUAUUCAAAACUCUUCACGGUGCAAUAGAAAAUUUCGAAGUCUAGAUUUAUCUGAUAACUGGAUUACUGGCAUGCUACCUAAUCUUUCAGGUUUUACAUCUUUGAGCUUCUUAGAUCUUUCCAAUAAUCAGUUAUGUGGAGAAAUACCGAAAAACAUUGGGUUACUACAAGAAUUGGUGUAUCUUCACUUAGAGGAGAAUUACUUAGCGGGUGAUAUCACUGAAUUGCAUCUAACGAAUUUGUCAAAAUUGGUGGAAUUAGACUUGACAGACAACUCAUUGUCUCUAAAGUUUUCUAAUACUUGGAUUCCACCUUUUCAAUUGUUUAGAUUGGGACUAGGUUCUUGCAAACUGGGUCCUAGUUUCCCGAGUUGGCUCCAAACUCAAAAUCGCUUAGAGUUUCUGGACAUUUCUGAUGCUGAGAUUGAUGACUUUGUGCCAGAAUGGUUUUGGAAUAAGUUACGGUUUAUAAGUCGGCUCAACAUGUCUGACAACAAUCUUAAAGGUACAAUUCCAAAUUUACCAAUCAAGCUUACUGGUGAUCCUGGAGCAUUCAUAUUUCUAAGUUCAAAUCAACUUGAAGGUGAAAUUCCAUCUUUUUUAUCACAAGCUUUCACAUUGGAUCUAUCCGGCAAUAAGAUUUCAGAUUUAAGCAUGUCCUUGUGCAGAAAAAGCACAACCACAUCAAUGCAAACUCUAGAUUUAUCAAAUAAUCAAAUAACGGGACAGCUGCCCAAUUGUUGGGAACAUUUAAAAGGUUCAUUAAUAUUUCUCAAUCUCAAAAAUAAUAAAUUGUCAGGAAAGAUUCCACAUUCUAUGGGUACUCUGGUUAAUUUGGAAGCUCUGGUACUACGAAACAACAGUUUGAUCGGAGAACUACCAUUCACAUUGAAAAGCUGCACUAAAUUAGCUGUAUUAGAUGUAGGUGAAAAUUUGUUGUCCGGUGCAAUACCUUCAUGGAUUGGAGAAAAUAUGCAAUCAUUGAAAAUUUUAAGCUUACGAUUAAAUAACUUUUCUGGAAGUGUUCCAGAUCAGAUCUGCUAUUUGAGGCAAAUUCGUCUCUUGGAUCUUUCAAUGAACCACUUGUCAAGAGGAAUUCCAACGUGUCUGAGAAAUUUGACAGCAAUGAUGGAAAGGGGAGUAGUUGCAUUUGGAACAGAAAAGUUACGCAGAAUGUCAUCUAGAUCUAUUACCUAUGGAACGGAAGACACUAACGUGUUAUUUAUGUGGAAAGGUGAGGAUCAUGAAUUUUGGAAUGCUGAGUAUCUUCUGAAGAGCAUUGAUAUCUCAAGUAAUGAAUUGACAGGAGAAAUACCAAAAGAGUUAGGGUAUUUAUUUGGAUUAGUUUCUUUGAAUUUAUCAAGAAACAACUUGAGCAGAGAAAUCCCUCGAGAGAUUGGAAAUUUAGAUUCGCUAGAAUUUCUUGACUUAUCAAGAAAUGAUUUAUCUGGCAGAAUUCCCUCUACUCUUGCCAAUAUUGAUCGUCUUACAGUCUUAGACUUAUCAAACAACAAUCUGAGUGGAAGAAUCCCUUGGGGAAGGCAGUUGCAAACCUUUGAAGCCUCUAGUUUUGAAGGAAAUAUUGGUCUUUGUGGUCAACAACUUAACAGAAGUUGUCCCGGAGAUAAGACAGCAAAACAGCCUCAAGGAGAAGCAGUUGACAGUGAAAAUGACAAUUCAGAUAUCCAUGGAGGAUUAUAUAUGAGCUUGGGAAUGGGGUUCUUCACAGGCUUUUGGGGUUUACUAGCAUCAAUUCUACUUUGGAGACCAUGGAGAUUUACUUACAUCACAUUCUUGAACAGACUGGUGGAAUAUAUACUUCUAAUGGUUGAACUGAACGUUGCAAAGUGCCAUCGGUGGCUCGAAGGCUAGCAGUACACGAAUAAUGCAAGUAUUCUGAAUUAUAUCGCCAAAUCUGCAGUUUAUGGCAGAUAAACUUCAAAACUUCUGUGAGAGAUGAAAGCUACAUGAAUUAUUGAGGUCUGCAAUGUAAUGCAAGGUUUCAAGAAAUUCAUUUCGUUGUCUGUUAUUGUAUAAUGUAUUGGUAAUUUCGAUUAUUUGUUUUUAUAUUUUAAGACUAUUAAUAUUUAUAAUGUGAAGAUUUUGCUUUUUAUCUUGAAUAAUGAAGCUUCCUAAUACUACUUUUUAUUAAUACCCAUUUAUCCUUCCCUACAUACUAAAAUGUUAAGUGAUAUCUCAGUGCAUUGAUUUUUCGUAUGUUUUCACAAUUAUGGGUCCAUCCCCUGCACUAACAUAUUAGUUGCUUCAGCUUUCAGUCCCUAUUGUUCUUUAACAAUUUACAACCUCAAUGUUAUUAUGGAAAAGAUGUAUCGGUCAACUAAGCCAACCAAA